AUGGCUGUAGCACAAACCGCAACCGCCGGUGAGAUCAAGGACGUCACCAACCUGUUCACAGGCACAGAAGGGACCUAUCUUCUCCCUCACCAUGCCAAAGAAAUAGAGCGCCUGAAGGAGCAACACGCCCUUAUUCUCUUCUCUACCGGUGACGUCUUGGUGACCGCGCCCCUGAAGCAGUCCAAAAUCAAGGUCCUUGAUUGCGGCGCGUCCGAUGGCACAUGGCUCUUGGAUCUCCCCCGGCUAUAUCCGCAGCACGAAUGGUCCCUCCACGGGGUCGACAUCGGAUCCUCUCUCUUCCCGCCCAACGCUGGCCCUCAAGCUUCCCUGGAUCUCCGCGAGUUCGACAUUCGAUCUCCUACUGCGCCGGAACCCUCCUGGGAGCAGGGGUUCGACCUCGUCCACCAGAGGCUCUUGAUGUGGGGACUGCAGAAAUCGGAGUGGGCCACAGUGGUCAAGAACCACUUCUCGCUCGUGAAGCCCGGGGGCUGGAUCCAACUUGUCGAAGGCCAGUGGGUGGAACGUGACCAUCCCUUUGAUCCGGUAACCCACCCCAACCUGGACAAGAUGUACCGCAUGCAGUGGUGGUGCACCGAAAACUUCGGCAAGGACAUGUUCGUGGCGUACCGGCUGGAGGAAUUACUAAAAGAAGCUGGCUUUAAAAACGUCCAAAAAAAGCAGUUCACGCUAGGAUACGGCGCCCUAGCCAAGAGCCCCGAGUGGAAGAAACGGUCGGUCGACAUGUGGAUUCACACCUUCCGAGGUUUGGGGGCACUGCUACCCGAGGGCGGCAUUCCGGGUGUUCUUCGAAACAAGGCCGAGUUCGACGAGUUGAUGGUCAACUUGCACGCUGAGACUCUCGAACUCGGAUAUGCGCCCAGGAUGAACUUUGUGGUCGCGCAGAAGCCUGAAUAG